AUCACAAUAUGAGGUUUUCUUUCUGUGUUAGCUCCGCCUCUCACAGCACAGUCAGGUGUCAGACACAUCUAUAACCCAACAGUUUCCUCCAGCAUGUCCGAUACAACAGACCUCCUCACAUCCAGAGACACACAGCAGGCUCCUGGUGAUGAUGCAUCCUCUCUACCACCGCCCUACCAAGGAGAGCAACCUCCACCCUACUCUGCAGACCCGAAAAUGCACCCUGUAGCCAAAACAGACACAACCUGCACCAAACAGUCUAGCACUGGGCACGAGUCUUUCCGGGACAUCAUCCCAGAAGGUCUGUCGGACACAACUCUACUGAUCGCCUCGUCUUCUUUCGAUGACAAGAUAGUGAGGGGAACGUUUGUUAGAAAGGUGUUCAGCAUCUUCACUGUCCAGGCGCUGUUCACCUUCAGUGUGGUGUGUGUGUUCAUCACAAGAGGAGGUGAUGUGGAGCAGAACGACUUCUUCUUCAUCUCCCUCAUCAUCUUCAUCGCGGCCACCAGCGCCCUCAGCUUCAGCCGAGACAUCAGGCAGCGUCACCCGUGGAACAUGCUGGGACUGGGUUUUGUCACCUUUAGCUUGGCGUACGUGUUGGGAACCAUCGCCUGCUUCCACAGUACAUCCGAUGUCAUCGUCACUAUCGGAGCCAUGCUGACCAUCACUGCUGCCAUCAUUGCCUUCUCUGCACAGACUUAUGAUUUCACCAUCUGGUACGGCGUGAGACUGAUUCUGACCGUGGACGCGAUCAUGUUUGGGUUCUUGCACGUUCUACUACAGAAUAGACGCUGAAAUAAAGAUUAUAAAAAAUGUAA